AAUCACCUCUGGGUUUUUUAUUUUUUCUUAAACAAACCAAAAACCACUGAAAAUUUUGAAAAAAAGUUUUUUCUUAGUUUUUGUUAUAAAAUUUUUUACAUAAGUGAUUUUUCUCUUUCACUGAUGUGCGUUAAUGAGGCUGCAGUGAUGGGCACUGAUAGGCUGCACUGAUAGACACUGAUGAGGAGGCACUGGUGGCACUGAUAAGGAGGCACUGGUAGGUGGCACUGAUGGGCAUUGACAGGCAUCACUGAUGGGCACUGAAAGGCAGCACUGAUACAUGGCACUGAUAGGUGGCACUGACUGGCACUGAUAGGCGGCACUGACUGGCACUGAUAGGCGGCACUGAUAGGUGGCACUGACAGGCGGCACUGAUAGGUGGCACU